ACAAAGCCGAGUGAAGCCUUGAUCUAUGAGCCAUUCGUCCGGGAUUAGCGGCAUCACUAGUUGCCCUUCCUCGUAGCCAGCACUCCACCCGGCCUCAUAACCUACGGGCGAUCUACGUGAAGCCCACGAUGUCCUCAUACUCCGAGUCGUCGAGUUACGGAGCACGCCGAUCAUUUGACAUUCCACACGAGGGGCACUUGCACAGGAGCAGCUCGUCUACGACUAUCCACGAUAGUCCUUCCCGGAAGUAUGGAGGAGUAAUAGGACAGCUCGCUACCUAUGGAACCUUGAAUGGACCGAGGGUCAAGCACGCGCUAGACUCCGACCUGGACCUGGCGGGGCUCGUCGAUGGAGAGCGGCUUGGGGACACAUUCGAGGGCUUGCCGGUGGAAGAGGAGCAGAUAAAGAAGUUUCCAAAAAAGCUGAGACCCUAUUAUGAGAACAUGUCCCGAAUAAGAGAUCACUAUCAGGAAGUCGAUGAACUAUUGUCCUCGGCUCUUCCUUCCACCAUCGCAGAAGCUUUCCGGCCCAAUCAGAUCACCGUUCGAGUGGAAGACGAUGCAGACUACACUUUCCCACAAAGGGGUCGUGGACACAGCGCGCCUGUGAUCAUCGUCCAGAAACACUCAGGAUCCGUCUCAGAGGUAAAAACAAAGCGAGGGAAUAGUCGAGAUCGAAGUCGGAGUCGCGCUCGGUCGGAACGGAUAGAACCGAUCGACCUGGCCGAGGAUGAACCCUUACUGCCGGCAUCGCAAGAGCGGGAAGAGAAGCGGGAGAAGAGGAACUCGCUGGCGCUCAACGUCAACUUUGGCGUCAACAUCAUCCUGCUCCUCGCCAAGGGGCUCGCAGUCCUCUCAUCAUCUUCGGUCUCAUUGGUCGCCUCUUUCGUCGAUGCCUUCCUGGAUUUCAUCUCAACCCUGAUCAUCUUCGUCUCGAACGUCGCUAUGGGACACAAAGGCGACCGACACAAGUAUCCCGCUGGGAAGAAACGCUUCGAACCUCUGGGAGUAUUAAUCUUCAGCGUGACUAUGAUAGCGUCGUUCGUGCAAGUCUUUAUCGAGUCAUUCCAGAGGGUGUUGGCCGCGCGAAAAGGCGACGUCGAGGUGGCAGAACUCAGUUGGUUUGGUAUAGGGACCAUGGUAGCUACGAUCGUCAUUAAAGGGAUCAUCUGGUUCUGGUGCUCAAGCAUGCCCUCCACAGCCAUUAGAGCUCUAGCACAGGAUGCAGAGAACGAUGUCUUCUUCAACAUUAUGUCUCUAGGAUUUCCAUGGCUUGGCGGGCUUCUCAAGUGGAAUCUCCUUGACCCGAUCGGCGGAAUGGUGUUGUCCUCUUACAUCAUUUGGCAAUGGUGUCUCACGCUUCAUGAAAAUUUCACAAAUCUGUCGGGAAAGGCCGCAGAUGGCGGCGAAGUGACCAGGAUUCUGUAUCUAGUAUCCCGAUUCAAGCCCGUCCUGCAGAUCUCGUACUGCGAAAUCUAUCAUAUCGGUGACGAGUUGAUCGCGGAAGUGGAUGUCGUACUACCGCAAACUUCCACGUUGCACUACGCACAUGAUGCAACGGAGACUCUGCAGGGUUUGAUCGAGAGCUUGGAGGGUGUCGCUCGCGCAUACGUACAUGCGGACUACUCGAGCGAGAAUCCUGCUCAACACAAAGUCGCGAGCAGUGAGGUCAAGAAGACGAAACCGGAGAAUGGCGUACGCCGAAUGUCGACGGUGGAAGAAACCAGAUAGAUAUGACUUUAUUGUAUUGUAACGAGGGUAUCGGAAUCUCUGUUAGAUAGUUGGCAUAGAUACGUAGGCGAUAUUAUAUUGUUUAGGGACCCCG